AUGGACGAGUUCUGUGUUCGACUCCUCUCCUUCUUCGACCGCGGAAUGGAGGGAAAGCCUGGCCGUUGGCCUCAUCCAACCCCAUCGCCCGAGGCCAUGGCCGCAGCGGGAUUCCGUCUCCUCCAGGACGGUCAGAGCCCUAGCGGCGACAGCGUGACCUGCGACUUUUGCAAGAUGCAAGCAUGGGCGUGGGAGCGGAAGGACGACCCUUUCCUCAUGCACAAGGAGGCUCUCAGCUGCGAGUACGUCGAUAGCGGAAUUUUCCGCGACCACCAUGAGAAUUUUCUCCAGAAGCAGGACCAGAUUAAUGGUACCGGAGAGUCGCGCUUGACGCCUCCUUCCACUCCCACAAAGAAGACGUCUAAGCCCCGCCGUCGUAUGCGCCUCUCGCCCAUCGUCACCGUCUACGACAGCAUGCCUUCCCAGGAGGCCAACCACAAGAGCGUCGAGAAGCAAAAGGAUGGCCUUGAGCCGAUCAAGAUCACCGUUUCGACUGGCGAAACCGAGAUUGUCAUCCAGCUUACCGAUACCAGUGAGCGAGGUGAGCCGCCAUUUCCUAUGCCUAUCGAAAUCUUUCAUGAUACUUACAAGUUAGGCAGGCACCAAGAGAACCCGCCUUGGCUGAGCAGCUCUGUGUCCCGUACAUAUCGGCAGGCAUCCUGA